AUAUAAAUUGUAAUUUGAAUGAUGUGACGUGUAAAAUUAUUAUUUUAUGCUUGACUGUAGUUUUAUAAUAGGUUUUCCUUUCAUAAAGAACUAUUCUGUGUAUUUUUUAGUUUUAUUUUUAGUUGUGGAGAUAAAGGAGGGUGGUCAUUAUUUGUCUAUUUUCUUGAAUAACUUCUUAUACUAUUUAUUUCAAAAUUAUAAAAAAAAUAUUUAAGAUUCCCAAAGUCUUGCAAAGUAAUUUGAUGCAAAUUUUUAGUUGCUUCCUUAUGUUGGCUAUUCAGCUUUAAAUGAAGAUUUUGAACGAUAAAUAUAUUAUAACAUUCACUAGGAUUUGAUUGGGUUUGAUGUUUGACAGUUAGAAUUUUCCCCGCGUUGGUGUCGUGGUGAACAUUUUUGUGUUUCACUCAGUGGCAAAAUUUGUUUAACCCUCGUGCCUUGAAACGAGAGGGCCUACCGCGAACCACAUUCGACGUGUUGCCUCUCUGUCACACUUGUAAAUUUGUACGUAAUCAUGACAGGGAGGCAACACGUCGAACGUGGUUCGCGAUAAGUCCUCAGGUAUCAAUAUCAACGAGCAGUUAAACAACAACUUUGCCCCCUUCCAAAACAAUAAACUAUUAGGAAAAACCACACCAGAAAAAGUUUUCGUCAUUCUUUGAAUUCAUUUUAUUUUUAAACUGAGUUAUUAAAUGGAUUGGUUAUUGUGUGGAUCAUCAAAUUAAUAUACAGAUUCAAAUAGAUUGUAUCUCAUUAUACCUACAUCAAGUAAUAUGUUUUUGUUUUGUAGGCUGCAUCUUACACUUAACACUAUGCAUUCAAGGGUUAAACUUUUCUCGCGAUUGUCAAGAUCUUUUUUAUGUAUUUUAAUCCCUUGAAACUCGAUACUCGUAAAAGACUUACGAAUAUAUCUUUAGUAUUCUGCGAAUAUGAACAUUCGUAUUCGUAAAUAAUUACCUAUGUUUCUACAAGUAUUACCUACCGACCUAUUUAUUGCCAGAAUUAAAAAAAGGUAACUCAAAUAAGAGACGAAUUAUACCUACUUAAAAAAAUAACAACUUACUUUUAUCAGUUUAAAAAUCACUCUAUUUAAAUAGGUAAUUUUAUUUCACUUAUAUACUUAGAAACGGAUGCCUGGCGCAAGUUGUGGGUAAUAAAAUUUAAUUCAUCUUGCAAACUAAUAUAAAAAUCAUUAAACGAAACUUUAUUGUAAACAACUGCAGUGUGUUUAAAACAUCACUCAAAAGCUCACUCGAUAACGGUCCGUUCACGCAACGCCCAGUCGGUAUCAGCCAAUCAGAGCGCACGAAAAGUAAGCCACGCCCACAGCCUGCGCUUGAGUGGAUUCUCGGUUCGUUCGUCAGUUUUUCAGAUGCUUUAGUGGCGGAUAGGAGUGCGCGAUGACGUCGCUUGGUGAAGUUUCGAGUUCGAAUAAGUUGAAGUUUAGUGUGGAGAGUAUUUUAAGUAAAGAUAAGGAAGUGAGCAAACCGGAGCCUCGAGCGCCGGCAGAACCUCCAUGUGCAGGGUGCGUGGCAGCGCUAUAUCGGUGUUGUCGGGAUGAACCUCCGGUCCUGCAGCUGCCUCUGUCGUUGGCGUACACGCAUUUGCAUCCCGCUUUGAGACCUACCACAGUAUACCGGCUCCCGCUGACGUCAUCACCACCGCAGCAGCCAGCCCCGCGCUGUGACGUCACGUCGACAGGCAAAAGGAAGCGCUCGUGGUCGCGCGCGGUCUUCAGCAACCUGCAAAGGAAGGGGCUCGAGAGGCGGUUCCAGAUACAGAAAUAUAUCACCAAGCCUGAUCGGCGGCAGCUGGCGGCAACGCUAGGGCUUACUGACGCGCAGGUGAAAGUAUGGUUUCAAAACCGGCGCAUGAAGUGGCGGCACACGAAGGAGGGCCGCACAGGCGCUCCGGGACGGGACCCCGAUGCACCCGACGACAAUGAAGAAGUAGAUGUCGACACACUUAGCGAUUAGGUUAUUGGGAAACACUGCGGCGCACGCUAUGCGAAUCAUGGGAAUUUUGUCUGGUGGGGUCAGUAGGAAUAAAAAAAAAAAAAUAUUAUUAUUAGGAUGGUCCACCUGUCCAAUGUGCAUUGCGUUUCACGCUCUCAUUAAGCAAAAUUUGAGACCCAAACACGCAUUGGACCAAGAAAUUAGAUAUGGUGGAAUAUCACAUGAAUACCACCACCCUUAGGUAUGAAUAUUUUUAUUUCGAUUUGAACAUCACUGAAAAAUGGUCAAAUGAUUUGUGAUAAUCUGAUAAUGUUAAUAUUUUCA